CUCCUUACAUCCUUUUAAAGAGAGAAGUACAGAAAAACUUAACCUUUAGCCUCUUUAUAUUAAUAAUUAGGCUUUUCCCCAUCUUUCCUGCUUCUGAAAGGUCUGGCUUCGUUUGCUGUCUGUACAGCUUGUUGAAUUGCCUUCCACCGCACUGACUCACAUCAGUCUGAGCUGGCUGUCCUGGUCCUCCCAAGCUAUGUGGGCUUCAGAGAAGUGGCUGAAAUACAUUAAAAGGAUCCUAAUCAGUGUGACAAAUCAUAAAUCACUAUUGGCACUGCUGUUUAUAUUAGUUUCCUGGACUACUAUUACAAUUUUCCAAAAUGCCUCAAAGCUACAGAGUAGACCCAAGUUGCCCAUCUGUCACCAUCGCAAUAUCACAACAAAGUCCUCUUGCCCUGAAGCACCAUUGUGUCCAGUAGUUUCAGCAGCAGAGACUAAGCUGAGAAUAAAGGAAAUCAUGGAGAAACUAAACCAGCUCUUACCACCCAGACCUUUUACUGAUGUGAACACCACCACCAGCGCCAAGCACAGCACAGCCACCAUCCUCAACCCUCGAGACACAUACUGCAGGGGGGAUCAGCUGGACAUCCUGCUGGAGGUGAGGGACCACUUGGGACGCAGGAAGGAAUAUGGCGGGGAUUUCCUGAGGGCUAGGAUGUCCUCUCAAGACCUGAAGGCAGGUGCUUCAGGAAAAGUGACUGACUUCAACAAUGGCACCUACCUUGUCAGCUUCACUCUGUUCUGGGAGGGCCAGGUCUCCCUGUCUCUGCUGCUCAUGCACCCCAGUGAAGGGGCAUCAGCUCUCUGGAGGGCAAGGAACCAAGGCUAUGACAAGAUAAUAUUCAUGGGCCAUUUUAACAAUGGCACCUCCCAGGUCCUCUCUGAAUGUGGCCUGACUGUAAAUACAAGUGUCGAUUUGUGCCAGUACCUCGAUGCUCGAGACCAAGAAGUCUUCUACUGUGUGCGGCCUCAAAAAAUAUCCUGUCAUGCACUCACCCACAUGUAUUCCAAGAACAAGGAAGUUUCUUAUCUUAGCAAACAAGAAAUGAGCCUCUUUGAAAGGCCAAACAUUGGUGUCGAGAUUAUGGAAAACUUCAACAUGAUCAGUGUCUCUAAAUGCAGCAAAGAAACAGUUCCAGUGAAAGAGAAAUGCAAGCUUGGAAUGACAACCACAAUCCCCAGUGGGCAUGUCUGGAAUGACAAAUGGAAUCCUGCCUCCUGUAGUUUGGCUCCAGUUGAAAUGAAAGAAUGCCUGAGAGGAAAAUUUAUCUAUCUGAUGGGAGAUUCCACGAUCCGCCAGUGGAUGGAAUACUUCAAAACCAAUAUCAACACACUGAAGUCAGUGGAUCUGCAUGAAUCCGGAAAAUUUGAAAACGAACUUGCUGUGGACCUGGAUAAGAAUAUCAACAUCUGGUGGCAAAAACACAGUUAUCCCUUGAUUGGAUCAUACACCUAUUCAAUCAAAGAGAUUGAGUACAUUGCCCGGGCCGUCGAUAGAACUGGAGGAGGAAAAAACACCAUCAUUGUUAUCUCUCUGGGUCAGCAUUUCAGACCCUUUCCCAUUGACCUUUUUAUUCGCAGGAUCCUCAACAUUUACAAAGCUGUUCAGCGUCUUCUUCUGAGAAGCCCAGACACUACGGUUAUCAUCAAGACAGAAAAUACCAGGGACAUGUACAGUGAUGUGGAGCGAUUUAGUGACUUCCAUGGUUACAUUCAGUAUCUUACCCUAAAAGGCCUUUUCCAGGAUGUCAAUGUGAGCAUCAUUGAUGCCUGGGACAUAACGAUCGCAUAUGGCACAAAUAAUGUCCACCCUCCUGAAUAUGUAGUCAGAAGUCAAAUUAACAUAUUGCUAAACUACAUUUGCUAGCUAAUUCAUAUCUCUGAAAUUUAUCCAAUUAAGUUAAAUCAUUAUAUUGGGUGUCUGCUCAGAGGCUAGAUUGGCUCUGAACUUUCAGCACUACAGCUGAGAGUUCCAGAACCAUAAACCAAUUCAGCCCAAUCAGGUACCUCCAACCUGGGUUUCCAUUUUAAAAUGAAACUAAAAAUAUUAAUGGAAAGAACCUACCUUUUUUUUCCCCUGCAACUUUCAACAUAUAUUCAAAACAAGUCUCAAUACAAGGACUAUCCACAUUACUUUAUUGAUGAGUCACAAUAAUUGGGGAAUAACUCAGAGGAGAAGACAAAGGUCACUCAUAGUUCACAGCCAGCUUAAGGUGGGGUCACUUUUGUUAGAACUGAUCAGAAUGAAGACAUUGCACUGACAAUGCCCUUCUUCCUCUCUCUUGAUGGGGUCCAUAUGGAAGGUGCUGUGGCCCCAGGACAGCUUCCUCCUCUCUGUGAGUCACAAACUCUGAAGACCCAGCCUUUGGACCAGACCCACACCACUCUUCACCAUGGGAAACUCAAGACACCUGAAGGCAAAGUUUCUUCUCUCUAAUGCAUGAAAACUCAGAGCACUAACAUAAUUUUAAAUAAAUAUUUUUGGGGAACCA